CUGACUCAGAAGAAGAACUGCAAGAACAUGGUCGGGCGAAGGGCGAUUGGUCUCUGUUUUGGAAUACUCUCACUUGUGGUGCUCGCCACUGCUGACCAGGAUCGGAUGAGCAUGCUCUGUUCCGACGACGACACUCCUGCCUGCGCCCAAAGUCGCGAAAAUGGCAUGUACUUCUUGUUCGCCAACGAGUGUGACCUUCGAAAGGCCCAGCGGGGCAACCUCAUGAAUGGCCCUCUAUAUGACGUUACCCUCCGCUUCUGCUUUCCCAGCUGCGAGUUCGAGUGCAGCUCCAGAUAUCAGCCAGUUUGUGGGAUCAGCUCCAAGUCCGGGGAACGGAAGACUUUCAGGAGCCGCUGCGAGAUGCUGCGAACCGCUUGCCUCUCCCGGUCGGACUGGAUGGUCCACCGGUGGGGAGUGUGUCCCAAGGCCAACACGGUGCCCCAAAACAGUCAGAAGCCACCAGUGCCCGUGCCCUGCACCAGGGUCUAUAGACCUGUGUGCGCCAUGUACGCCGGUGUCAAGUCCACCUUCUCCAACGAGUGUUUGGUGAACGCGGAAAACAUCAAGACCCAGAGAAAUUGGCGCAUCGUUUCCGAGGGCCUUUGUGGUGAGGACAGCACCAAGAUGAAGCACAGUCGCAAGCAGAAGCCGAAGGCCAAGCCCAAGUCGGAUGCGGAGCGCACCAAGCGGAGCCACGGAGGCAGAAGGUUGUCCACUCAGGCGGAAGACUUCCAGAUACCGGAGGACGCCGUGGAGAUCUACGCUCCCUCGACCUUUCACACGCAGUUCAUCAGCCAGUCGGGCGCCAUGGAGAAGAGCUACUCGCUGCCCGCCAGGAAGCCCUACGUGGUGGCACCCCCCAAAUCCAAGUGGCGAGUCCCCACAAAAUCCUGCGUUUUCGGAAAUGAACCCGUUUGCGGGAGCUUGAGGGGCCAGAGUCGCACCUUCUCCAACGUGUGUGAACUCAUGGAGUUCAGCCAAAAAAUCGGAAAAGCAUGGACCAUUUCCCAUGAUGGAGCCUGUCGCCGCUGCGAUAAGAGUUGUCCCACAGUUUAUCAACCCAUUUGUGCCACCCGAAACGGCAUCAAUCACACAAUCGUUAACGAGUGCUAUUUGGAGCGAGUGCGCUGCAAGGAUCCCAAGAGCAUUUGGAAGCUAUCCCACGUUGGUGAGUGCCCCAAGCCAGUCGGCAACCCAUCCCCUAUGUCUUACACUGGCAAAAGUCGCCCAACGUCUGUGGUGCCAAGUGUUUUGUAUGGAAAGAGUGCCACCACACCACGGAACCCCUUCCGGAAACCAUUGCGUAGGUCCACAACGACCAGGGCUCCAAGCACACCAUACAAGGUACGGUCCUUGGCGAAGACAAAUUUCACGGUCCCUUCGCCUUCCCUGGAAGCCAACAAUCGCAAAAUACGCAAAAUCGAGCUGGCCUCUGCGGGAUUUGGAGGUUUUGGUGCGUCAAGCGGGUCAAAUUACCUGGGCUCUGAGGAAGAUGCCUUCUGGUCCUCCAAUGACAGUUGGCUGGUGCGCAAAACUCUCGAUAAUGUGAAGGGCUUACUUGGAAAGAAGCCUACUUCUUUUAAGAAGACGCACGGUGAGAAAUUCCCACUGCCCUAUUGGCUGGCCCCACCAAGGCAAGCAAGUGCCACCAGCACCACCACAGCUGCACCACCAGCUAAACUUCCAGCUAUUCUGAGCAGGGCAUCCACGGAGCUAUUAAAUUUGGAUUUUGGAAACACUGCCAGCGUCUACGAAGAGGAUGAGCACGAGCUGCUGCUCAUGCUAACCACUAAAAAGGGCACCACCUCAACCACCCCACCACCAGAGCCCAGCACCACUGCACCGCCCAGCAGCACCGAACCUUCAACCACUGAAUUGCCCACUGUAUCAUCCUCCGCGGAGCUGGACAGUGAAGAAUCCACCACUGAUUUCGGAGAAACCACUGAUCCUACGGAUUUCAGCACCUCAGCUGAAAGACAGUCUUCCACCACAGAGGCCGACGAGAUGAACAGCCAAACCACGGGGAGUGAGCCCACAACCACCGUGGCCUCCGACAAGCUGGCCACGACCACUUUGAGUGCUGACUACGCGGCGGAUGAGUCCAUUUCCGAGUCCAGUGGUCAGACCUCCAUCUAUGGGCUCGACAAGAACUCCUUGAUUAUGAGGUUGCUGCGCGCCAGAAGCAACCAAAACGUGUUCAUCUAGUUACGUAUGUACCUCUGUUAAAGAUAAAUUUAAGUUGUUAAUUGCUUACGCUUCCUAUAAAUACAAUACUUAAAUAUGUA